UUUUUAUGGAAAACUUAUCAUUAUCCUAAUUUAUAAUCGGUUCGAUUAUCCUAGUAGCCAUUUAUGUGAUCUAUUAAAUUUUUGACUAUAGAAGCAGUAUUAAAAGAGCAGAAUAAAACACUUAGCAAGUAUAAGCUGAAGAAAAGUCUUCAAGUCCUCCUAAUCCUGAAAAGUUAGGUAUCUAGUUUAUAAAUAAAAAAAGAGAUCGCUUCGUUAAAGCUUAUGACAUUAAAAGAUGUUUAAUAACAUAAUGGGUUAGGUGGCAAGAGAGUAUUCGUAGCCAUAAAAAAUUUUGUAUUUGAUGUAACAAACUCAGGUAAUCAGAUAUAUUUAAAUUAGAUGCGUAUAAGCCUGAUGGUCCAUAUGGAGUAUUCGCAGGACAUGACAUCUCAAUAUCAUUAGGAAAAAUGAAUAUAUCAGAAGAAUUCCUAGAUAUGUACGGCACUGUCACAUAGCCAGAAGAUGAAAUAGCAAAUAUGAAUAGUUGGUUUAGUUAUUUCUACACAAAAUAUCCUGUAAUUGGAAGGUUGGAUGAUAAGAAAUAGAAUUGA